AUGCCUGCCAAUGACCCGUUUUCUUUUCUGGCUGCAGAGCAGCCUAAGCCCGUGAAGAAGUCUUCCCAUUGGAGAGAGAAGUUGUUCUCCAAGGACAAGAGCAAGGGUGCCGCUCCCGAUAAACAGAUCGAAGACUUCCUUGCCUCCAAUCGUCCUCAAGCUUCUAAUCCUCCUGCACGCGUUCAAGCCGCUGAACCUCCCAAGGCGGACUUUCGACAACCCCCGCCGACCAUCUCGACUUAUCGAAUCCACUCUGCACAAGAUGUGUCAAGUGCGCCACCCUCACAACCCCCUUCCGCGACCGAGAACUACGAGAACUACGCCGCAUUUAACUUUGCCGAGGAAGCUCAACCCCCGCCUCAACAAGAAGCGCCAGACUCUCCUCCACCGCAAAGUUCCCCGCGAAAACCACGGAAAGGCAAGGGUCUUCGAGUCGGAUUCUCGAAUCGAGCGCCCGAAAUAAUUGGGGAGGGUGGUGAUGAAUCGGAGGUUCCUACAGCGGAGAUCUCCUGUGCUGCCCAGCGAUCGCGGGAUCGCCAUGCGACACAACCCAAGCGUGCGCCGUCUCGCUCGCCAAAUCCAUCGCGAGAUCUACCAUCUCUACGUGUAAAUACAACAAUGGGCGACGGUGACAGCCGAAAUCGGUCUCCCCAAGGCCCGCGCAGUGGUACGACUCCAAGCUGGAAGCAGCCGCCACUCGUCGAAAACACCAGCGACGCGGACCUCUUGAAUACCCUCCAUAUUUCCAAGCCAGGGUCCCGGCUAUCGUUCCGAGGAUCGCCAGAUUCGCAUUCGUUCGCGGAGCGGGUGCGCAACCAGAUGCAAGUGGAGGAGGCUCGGGCGCUGCAUAAACACUAUGAAGAUGUCGCCUCUCCAGCGGACGACGAUGAUUACAACGACGAUGAUGACGACGACGAGUAUGAGGAUGAUGAAGUGACCAGUCCAAUUGCCUCCUCCCAUAGUCCUCAGAGCCCCCGAGAGUCACCAUCAGUCUACGAGACCCCGAGCUCCCACAAUGCCCCCUCAAUUAAAUCUAUUGUCCAUUCCAUUCGCAACCCUCCCAGCCCAGCUGUCAGUCGUGCGCCUGCCAAUCUCAGUCCAGUCGAUCAUCGAUUACCGGCCGGACUCACUCCAGGAAGUCCAGGAAAGGUCUCCCCAACCCCACCACAAUUCCCUCGGUCCGUUCCUCAAGCUGCUCCUCCGUACACUUCUUACACUCCUUCUCAGGACCCAUCGCCGCGCGAACCCCCUGGAAAGGAUCAAUUGGUUUCGCCUUCCACCGCGACAAGUCGUGAGCCCGCGCGGAGCGCACAACCCCCCAAAUUUUCUUUGCGGAACAUCGCUGCUCAGGUCGGCGAUACUGCGUUUGCGGAGUUUAAAGAGUAUAUCGCCCGAUAUGAUGGUUUACUUCGCCUUGCAGCAGAGGAUGUCAAGCCACUUAUGGAAACAUCCCUAGCAGAAUGGAUUCGUGCUGCGGUUUGGUGGUUUUUGCGGGGAAAGACACGCUUAGAGACGUAUGCUCGCAUGCGAGCUAAUUGCGCGCCUAGCUACGCCAAACAAGCCAUCAUCGACCUGGGGAAGGCCCUGUGGAUCAAUGAUAAAAUCGUGCCUGAUCAUUAUGAGCUAUCUCGGUAUGGCCAACAGAUGGGCAUUGAUGCGCUUUUGGCUGUGGCAAGCACGACAGGUGACAAGGAGAUGGUAGAUCUUUUGAGCUUGCAUCAAACCACGCUAAAUCAUCUGCGGUCGUUAUCUAUGUCUGUCAAGCGCAAUAAUAUUAUUACUCUAAUUGAUGAGGACGAUUCUUCACCAAGCAACCUGGACACCAGCGUGUGGCUGCGCUACCCUUUCUUCGCUCCCGAUGUUUCCGCCGUAUUGUCCGGCUCGGCAACGAGAUCUAUGUUGGCCGACAAGCCAGGAAAGACACCGAGCAUGGUCUACAUGAUGCCUUUGGGAGACACCUCUCGGUACUUUAGCUAUGGCAGCAUGUUCGUCCAAGCCUGCGUAAGCUCACGCGAUGACGAUGGCGAGCAAUAUGCCAUGCCCUGCUGUCUUACCAUAAUUCGAGAACGGGCAGAUUGGUAUGUGUUUGCAGCCAUAACGAGUCAGAGCCAGCUUGUCAAUGUCAUGAUUCAGUCCGAUCGCAAGCAAGGUCCCACAUGGGAAGAUGUGGAUUGGCAAGUUCGGACUCAUUCCAUGCAAGUCAAAUUGCCCCGUGGGUUUGAGCUUGAUGUGAUGUUCAAGGAAGAGGAUUUCAAAACACUUUGGAACAUCGUCAAGUAUACCCAGAAGUCGGAGGCGAGUCUUGCCCCGGAGGCUGGAGAGAGUGUUGUUUACGAGAGUACUGUUAAGGUCUUCCAAUACAUGGACCCUGGUUCUCCCAAGGCUUUCCCUCCUGAACCAUUGGAACGUUGCCGCAUUCGCUUGUUUGAACGAACUGUGACCAUCAAAGAAGGCACCGGAUCACGAAAUGCGCACCGUGGAUUCCGAUUGACCGUUUUGACAAGCCCCAAAGUGAAGACAUUAAGUAACGUGAAGCAUGUCCUCGCCCAAGGAGCCCCUGUAGUUUUUGGUUUGUUACGAGGAGAAGAUGGUGCUCCUGCUCUUCUUCUAAAAGUAACGGAAGAUGGUCGAACGCGAUCCAUGCUUAUAACUUUCCAUGAGGUAGAGGAACGUACCAAAAUGCAUGCUAUAUUACUCGGCAUGAUUCCUCGGGAAGGCGAGUCCAAGACACGUGAAAUACCUACUCAGUCAUAUUCUAUUGAGCAACCCGCAGACUCGGAAAGCGGUCGGUCAGCUGUCACACAUCUUAAAUUCCCGGCUGGGAAUGUUUUUGUUAUUGAUCAAGAGCAUUCUUAUGUGGAUCAUGGAUAUGGUCCUACAAUCUUGUCGGAGAAUUUGCGGGCCUUCAUCGCCACGGAAUGGGGAUCUGUGACGGACCGCAUUAAUUUGGGACCUGGAGAACUCAAGGUUGGCCUGGAUGUCAAUCGGAAGACUUCAAUGAGUUUGUUCCGGCCAGCACAGCAGGAUCUGACAGUUUCGCUGGCGGACAAUCUCGUUCAAUCAGAAAUGCCCGAACAAAUGACGGAAUUCCUAGAGAAGGUCACUGCUAAACCCAUGGUCCGUCGGAUAGACUUUGCCACUAUUAAAGAUCUUCAUGCCUUCGAAGAAUCGGUGACUGGUUUCCGAGUUAUCUAUGACGGAACUGCAUCGUGUUUUGCCAUUUCGCGCCGUCGUAGCGUGGUUCCGAUUUACAAGAAAUGGGAAGCCAAUCUCGCACGUGUUCAAAUCGUGAAACACGAGACAAUUGUUCAAUUAGUUGCUUUCUUCGCGGAAUUCCAGCAUGGAACAUGCAUGAAUUUCAUUUUGAAGGGCACCGAUCAUAUCGAGUCCUUCGGUCGAUCUGGAAAAUUCGGCAUUCGCAUCGUGGACGCCAAAUUCGCACUCCCUAAGAAGGAUAGUGAUCCGGCCUCCAAUUUUGUGUGCCUGGAUAUGCCCGAAUACCCGAUCGAACAUGACGACAUCACUAUUACGUUUGACUCAGAAGUUGACCGUACCAACUUCAAGGUGGCGUUACCAGGAUCUGUUCGCGAACCAUCUCGUAUGGGAUCCCUGAGACGAUGA